CGGAACAAAAAAAAAAAAACCUGUAGAGUAAACGAGGUCGACGAAGCACUCGUAAUCACUGGCUCCCCUCUACGGGCAAAAUCCGAGCUCUUUCAUAAUUCUGCUGCGAGACGUAUUAGGUCUACGGAUAUACUUCCUUUACCUUCAGAUUUGCCAUGCGUUCUGUCUUACUAUCCACGCUUUCUUCUGAACGUGUUGCUCCUGCGCAUCGCUCUUUCUAUGCUUUAUCUUGUUCUAGUGCACGUUGUCGAUGCACAUGGCCACUCUUCUUGUCUCGCAGGCCAUUCAACGCAACUCAUCGCACCAGAGCUGCCUCACUUUGGCGAUCCUGAACGAUGGUUUGGCAGAGAAGCGCUAGGCUGGCUGACUAGCACCGUACUUGACAAGCAUGUGCGCGUUUGGACUCACUCGUGUGAUCCAUUUGGCCGUGUGGUCGGUAAUCAAAAAUGCAUCAAAGGCCUUUCAUCUGGUUGGCAUGGCAACAGUGUUUCGACAGGGAGGUACAGAGUAUGGCGGCUUGAUGGAUGCUAUGGAACGUGCCGAAGGAGUAGCUAAAACUGCCAAGAAGGGCAUGUGGAGUCAAGGCAAGAAACUUGAAACGCCUGCAGCAUACAAGAAGCGAACGCGUGGAGAAGACCAUGAAGUUGUCACGUCAAAGACACCCAAGAUGGCAGCGCAGCAAAAGAACAGCUUACUUGCAUGGCUCAAAUGGUCGAUUGGCAAGUGAUGCUACUCCUCCCAAUUGACAACACUUUGGGUGAACAAAGGAUGGCGUUGAAGGCUGCUUCCUUGCCUCUACCAAUGACGGCACGUCUUUGCGUGUUGUGCUGAAUCCUGGCAACUCUUCAGGCUUGCUUCGUGUGCUUGGCAAGCG